AUGGAAGGCUACCACAACACGAGAAAUCUCGAGACCACGGAGCUGAUGAGCAUUGCCGAGUUCAUCAAGCACCUGGAGAGCGACAGCGAGACACCGUCGACGGAAAGUGCCGCGGAGAACGCUGUACACGCGACGAUGCUGAGUUUGUUGUGGAGGUUGCAGAACGGAGAGCUGGUGUCAUUGGAUGACGGCAUCGACACUUUGACAGCGAAAAGGAGUGACGUCGGCAUCCCAGCGCCCACGGAGAAUAAAGGUUUGGUUUCCCUAAAAAAAAACAAAGAAAUGCUCGAAGCUCUGGGGGCGAGUGUUCAUAACGCAUACUACACCACUCUUGACGCCGAUGAGAUAAAUAUAUCGGACGACCGGAGAGUCAUGCACGUCGUCAUGCCCGUCCAUUUCAACCCGCGGUACGUAGCCAACCUGCACCUGGGUUGUCAGGCGAAGGACAAGAGGAUCGUAGAGUUAGAGGACGAGGAUUCGGCGGCAAAGCAGCGGGGGAGUGGCGUUUCCGGGGCCGACGCUGUCCCUCCCUUGCCGGAACCGGGAGACGACGCAGAAUACGAGGCGGUGAGGAAGGCGGAUGACAUCAGAACGAACGUCCAAGACCCGGUGGCGUUCCUGAAAGAAUCCUGCCCGCCAACACUUCUAUGCUUGCUGAUGGCCGUUUGUGGCUGGGACCCUCGUCGGUUCGAUGUGCCGGCGCGGGAUGGGGAGGAAUGGGAAAAUUUUGAGGAGUUGCAAUUCACGAGGCGAUCGACACGGGAGAAUGUAUUCGCCUACAUGGUUGUUACGAUGCUCGGACGGGCCGUUCAUAAGGACGAAUUCAGGCCUCCUCAUUUCCUGAAGCUGUCACAGGCUUUAAAGUACUGGGGUGUUGGGGCGAAGCCAAUGUCGUUUCUAACUUCUAUUAAUCUAUGCGCGGGGGACGGUGUGAGGUGGGUGCGUGAGAAUUACCUAAUAAAGGUUGCGGACACGGACCUUCUGACGAACGACCCCAGGAAAGCCAUAAUGUUGUCCCUGGACAACAAUGAUGUGGAUCCUACGGCGAGGUUUAGCACAGCAGAGCAUGGCAGUGCGAAUGGAGCGGCUGGGCACGAGCAAAUACUCCCGUUGGGGCCGCCAUUAUUAAGUCAAGAACUUGACGGUGGACAUGGUGCGAUGGGGUGCCCAAUGUACCUGAAUGACCCCGGGAAGGGCCGCUCUUGCCUGGAAGUGCGAGUGAGGAGGUUUUUGGCUCCGGCGAAAAAUAUAACUAAGAGCAAGAAUCUGUGGAUUCAGCCCGGAUCGACGAAGAGCGAGGAAGACAACUUUGCGGCACUGGACAGGUUGGGUGUGUGUGGCAACAUGAAGACGUCGUGGAGCACGGACCCGGACACUAGUGAGGAGGUUCCGACGGUGUCGCGCAUGGUGUUGGUGGAAGGAGAUCAGGAGACGUAUUCGUUUAUGGUGAAAGCGAAGCAAACGAAACCCGAAGUAUGCAAGUGGCUCAUUCCUCACCCGGGGGGGUGGCACAUUCUGCUGCACGCCAGCAAGGCGCUGCUACAACUAUAUUAUGGAGCGGGAGUGGAAGCUAUCGCGAGACUACUUGGGGCUGAAGACAAACACGCGGCCGACGGGAGCAACUACCGGCGCAAUCACCACCUCCUCACGGUGGUUGAAGGCCAAGAAGUCUCUGUAACUGCGUGGCUCCGGCAGAGGGCAAGCACACACCAAACCCUAAAGCUGUGGACGCCGUUCCUGCUUGAAGACUACCCUGCCUAUCUCGCGUUAAGGAUGGGCGGUCGGACGGGAAACUACCCCAUGUGUGUGAUGGCCCUGCGAAAAUUGGCCCCUAUGGUCGGGGCCACGGGCAAGACGAACUACGUCACUCUCUGCAUAAACCAUCUCACGACCCUUGCGAGAAUUCCAGCGAAUAACUUGGAGACGAUCGGCACCCUCUUCACCGCUUCGUUCAGCGACAGGGACUACACGAAUUACUUCGCGAAACUUCCGCGGAUCUGCGACGACCGUACGAAGGCCAUUGCCCAGGUCGAGGAACACUUGAUCCCGGCGGUGAAGGAUCGCAAGUAUGUGCCCGGCCUAAUACGAGAUCGGUCAGACGCGGUGGAGAAGGCGUUGGUUUGGUUGAGGAAGUCCCCUGUCUUCGCGCCUGACGGGGCGGGAAGGCCGGUAUCGCUUUUUGGUGCCCAGGCCAGCUCACCAGACGGUGAAGCCAUGCUGACGUCAGGGGCCGAGGCCAACCGGUGGUGGGAGGAGAACCUAAAGCAUUAUAUCUCCCUUGGGUCGCUAAGCGAGGUCAUUCUCCCCCUCGCCAAGGGGUUUCUGGGCGACAUUGGCGCGCUGCUCGCGGCAGUGAUUGGCGUCCACCGGCAAUCCCAGGAAGGGGGUGAUUCCGAGUCGGACGGCGAUGACGGCACCGAAGACCCCCCGGGCUCUAACACCCGUCGCACCAUCCGGGAGCUGAUGAAGACGAAGGAAAACCUUCCCUCGGGCGGAGGCGACAAAAAUCACAAGGCCUUCCUCGCUCGGUACAAGGUCAUGAUGCUCGGCUUCGUCCAGAAAGCUCGGGGCAAACUGCCAGCAGCUAACGAAUGCUGA